CAUUUUCCUCUGCCUCUCUCCGGACAGCUGGCGUGGCCACCUCGCAGGGCUGCUUCUAGGGACACGAGACUCGGGAGGGUCAGAGACUUUCAGGCCGGGCCUUCACUCCCUUCCCCCGGGCACUUGGGCAAGAGUUCCAGCUCCUGGCUACCUCUGGCCCGCACGUGAGUUCAGACACCCAGCACACGCGACCCGCGCAGGGAAACCCCGGGAAGCUGCGCGCAAUCGCUGGGGACUCGCCGGGGCUCCAGUUCCCAAGCUCCGCGCCCCCUGCGCCCAAAGAGGCAGGGCCGCCGGAGUGGAGGAGGCGAGCGCGGGGCUGGCCCGGGAGCCGCCCCCGGGGAGGGACUGAGACCUGCCCCAGGAGUCGAGGGCGAGCGGCGGACCCGGCUGGGCCCUGUGCGCCCCGAGGGGAGGGAGCCACCGCCACCGCCGCUGCCUCCGCGUGCUCAGCCUGUCCCCGCCCAAGGAGCCGGAGCCUCCAACUAACUCCGCCCGCCGCUCCGCCGCCCGCAGGCUUCGGCUUCCGUCCCGGACAGAGCCCGUGGCCGCGCAGGUUCUGAAUGAUGACUGACGCGGGUUUGGGUGAUACCCCUCACAGUCCCUGUCAUUCCGGAGUGAUAAGGCACCCGCGCGUCUAGCCCCAGCGCCAGGGCACGCGAGCGGCGCUGGAGGGAGGAAAGCUUCCGCCUGCGGGCCGGACAAAAGUCCCGCCUGCCCACGGCUUUCUGCCCGCCGUUCGUGACCGAGACGCCUCGCCGCGGCCAGCUCGCUGCUCUCGCGGGCGGAUGGUGUGUGGCCGCCGCAGGACGCCCGCCGCGCCCGGGCCAUGAAGUAGCGGCUGCUGGCGGCCCCGCUGCCCAACCGCCGGCCCCAGCCCCGCGCUGCGCUGCCGGGUCCUCUCCCCGCGGGGUCGGAUCGGCGUGGACAUGGCUGGCCGCGUCCCCAGCCUGCUUGUUCUCCUUGUUUUCCCAAGCAGCUGCUUGGCUUUCCGAAGCCCACUUUCUGUCUUUAAGAGGUUUAAAGAAACUACCAGACCAUUUUCCAAUGAAUGUCUUGGUACCACCAGACCGGUAAUUCCUAUUGAUGCAUCAGAUUUUGCAUUGGAUAUUCGCAUGCCUGGGGUUACACCUAAACAGUCUGAUACAUACUUCUGCAUGUCUAUGCGAAUACCAGUGGAUGAGGAAGCCUUCGUGAUUGACUUCAAGCCUCGAGCCAGCAUGGAUACUGUCCAUCAUAUGUUACUUUUUGGAUGCAAUAUGCCUUCAUCCACUGGAAGUUACUGGUUUUGUGAUGAGGGAACCUGUACAGAUAAAGCCAAUAUUCUGUAUGCCUGGGCAAGAAAUGCUCCCCCUACCCGGCUCCCCAAAGGUGUUGGAUUCAGAGUUGGAGGAGAGACCGGAAAUAAAUACUUUGUACUACAGGUACACUAUGGGGAUAUUAGUGCUUUUAGAGAUAAUCACAAGGACUGUUCUGGUGUGUCCUUACACCUCACACGUCUGCCACAGCCUUUAAUUGCUGGCAUGUACCUUAUGAUGUCUGUUGACACUGUUAUCCCAGCAGGAGAAAAAGUGGUGAAUUCUGACAUUUCAUGCCAUUAUAAAAAUUAUCCAAUGCAUGUCUUUGCCUAUAGAGUUCACACUCACCAUUUAGGUAAGGUAGUAAGUGGAUACAGAGUAAGAAAUGGACAGUGGACACUGAUUGGACGGCAGAGCCCUCAGCUGCCACAGGCUUUCUACCCUGUGGAGCACCCAGUUGAUGUAAGUUUUGGUGACCUCCUGGCUGCAAGAUGUGUAUUCACUGGUGAAGGAAGGACAGAAGCCACACACAUUGGUGGCACGUCUAGUGAUGAAAUGUGCAACUUAUACAUUAUGUAUUACAUGGAAGCCAAGCAUGCAGUUUCUUUCAUGACCUGUACCCAGAAUGUAGCUCCAGAUAUGUUCAGAACCGUACCACCAGAGGCCAACAUUCCAAUUCCCGUGAAGUCUGAUGUGGUUAUGAUGCAUGAACAUCAUAAAGAAACAGAAUAUAAAGAUAAGAUUCCUUUACUACUUCAGCCAAAACGAGAAGAAGAAGAAGUGUUAGACCAGGGUGAUUUCUAUUCACUACUUUCCAAGCUGCUAGGAGAAAGGGAAGAUGUUGUUCAUGUGCACAAAUAUAAUCCUACAGAAAAGGCAGAAUCAGAGUCAGACCUGGUAGCUGAGAUUGCAAAUGUAGUCCAAAAAAAGGAUCUUGGUCGGUCUGAUGCCAGAGAGGGUGCAGAACAUGAGAGGGGUAAUGCUAUUCUUGUCAGAGACAGAAUUCACAAAUUCCACAGACUAGUAUCUACCUUGAGGCCACCAGAGAGCAGAGUUUUCUCAUUACAGCAGCCCCCACCUGGUGAAGGCACCUGGGAACCAGAACACACAGGAGCUAGAAGAGAAGAUAUGAAAUGUUUCCAAUGCAAAGAAAUGAUAAGUGCUCAAGAUUUCCACAUGGAAGAGGCACUGGAUUGGCUUGGAGUAGACUUGUUGCCAGGCCAGGUUUCUGGGGUGGCUCUAGACCCUAAGAAUAACCUGGUGAUUUUCCACAGAGGUGACCAUGUCUGGGAUGGAAACUCGUUUGACAGCAAGUUUGUUUACCAGCACAUAGGACUUGGACCAAUUGAAGAAGCCACUAUUCUUGUCAUAGAUCCAAAUAAUGCUGCGGUACUCCAGUCCAGUGGAAAAAAUCUGUUUUACUUGCCACAUGGCUUGAGUAUAGAUAAAGAUGGGAAUUAUUGGGUCACAGACGUGGCUCUCCAUCAGGUGUUCAAACUGGAUCCAAACAAUAAAGAAGACCCUAUAUUAAUCCUGGGAAGGAGAAUGCAACCAGGCAGUGACCAGAACCACUUCUGUCAACCUACUGAUGUGGCUGUGGAUCCAGGCACUGGAGCCAUUUAUGUAUCAGAUGGUUACUGCAACAGCAGGAUUGUGCAGUUUUCACCAAGUGGAAAGUUCAUCACACAGUGGGGAGAAGAGUCUUCAGAGAGCAGUCCUCUGCCAGGCCAGUUCACUGUUCCUCACAGCUUGGCUCUUGUGCCUCCUUUGGGCCAAUUAUGUGUGGCAGACCGGGAAAAUGGUCGGAUCCAGUGUUUUAAAACUGACACCAAAGAAUUUGUGAGAGAGAUUAAGCAUUCAUCAUUUGGAAGAAAUGUAUUUGCAAUUUCAUAUAUACCAGGCUUGCUCUUUGCGGUGAAUGGGAAGCCUCAUUUUGGGGACCAAGAACCUGUACAAGGAUUUGUGAUGAACUUUUCCAAUGGGGAAAUUAUAGACAUCUUCAAGCCAGUGCGCAAGCACUUUGAUAUGCCUCAUGAUAUUGUUGCAUCUGAAGAUGGGACUGUGUACAUCGGAGAUGCUCAUACCAACACCGUGUGGAAGUUCACCUUGACUGAGAAAAUGGAACAUCGAUCAGUUAAAAAGGCUGGCAUUGAGGUCCAGGAAAUCAAAGAAGCCGAGGCAGUUGUUGAAACCAAAAUGGAGAACAAACCCACCUCCUCAGAAUUGCAGAAGAUGCAAGAGAAACAGAAACUGAUCAAAGAGCCAGGCUCGGGAGUGCCUGUUGUUCUCAUUACAACCCUUCUGGUUAUUCCGGUGGUUGUCCUGCUGGCCAUUGCCAUAUUUAUUCGGUGGAAAAAAUCAAGGGCCUUUGGAGAUUCUGAACACAAACUCGAGACAAGUUCAGGAAGAGUACUGGGAAGAUUUAGAGGAAAGGGAAGUGGAGGCUUAAACCUUGGUAAUUUCUUUGCAAGCCGUAAGGGCUAUAGUCGAAAAGGGUUUGACCGGCUUAGCACUGAGGGCAGUGACCAAGAGAAAGAGGAUGAUGGAAGUGAAUCAGAAGAGGAGUAUUCAGCACCUCUGCCUGCACUCGCACCUUCCUCCUCCUGAAAACCAAGCUUUGAUUUAGAUUGAGUAAGAUUUACCCAGAAUGUCAGAUUACUUUCCCUUCAGCACAUUUAAAGUUCUGUGUAUUUAAUUGUAAACUGUACUAGUCUAUGUGGGACUGUACACACUUUAUUUACUUCGUUUUGGUUAAGUUGGCUUCUGUUUCUAGUUGAGGAGUUUCCUAAAAGUUCAUAACAGUGCCAUUGUCUUUAUAUGAACAUAGGCUAGAGAAACAGUCCUCUUUUCCCAUCAUAGUUCUAAUCUAACUAUGGAAGAUUUGCCCAUUUACACUUCUGAGACUUUUUGGUGGAUGUAAAUAACCCCAUUCUUUGCUUGAACACAGUAUUUUCCCAAUAGCACUUUCAUUGCCAGUGUCUUUCUCUGGUGCCUUUCCUGUUCAGCAUUCUCAGCCUGUGGCAGUAAAGAGAAACUUUGUGCUACAUGAUGACAAAGCUGCUAAAUCUCCUAUUUUUUUAAAAUCACUAACAUUAUAUUGCAAUGAGGGAAAUAAAAAGUCUCUAUUUAAAUUCUUUUUUAAAUUUUCUUCUUCAGUUGGUGUGUUUUUGGGAUGUCUUAUUUUUAGAUGGUUACACUGUUAGAACACUAUUUUCAGAAUCUGGAUGUAAUUUGUGUAAUAAAGUGUUUUCAGAGCAUUA